AUGUCUGCUACCAGGUCACUCGACUCGGACGAAGACAGUUUUGUUGAGCCAUUCGAAGAUGAUCAAGAAACACUGGACGACAAGCCCUCGAAGCACAUAAAACGUCGCGCCAAUGUUUACGAUGCGGUAGCUGGUCGUGUCAGCACCCGCGGUGUCAACGCACCCCGUGAAGUUGCUUCCCAAUAUCGCGACACAAACUCGGCAGGCGCUCGAAGUUUGCGACCAGAGGAGCUUCUAUAUCGCAGACAGAAUAUACUGGCGGAAUCAGUCGACGAGAAAAACUAUUUCGCACAUGAGAAUCUUUCCUCUGAUCAAGCUCUCCCGAACUCUGAGCUUCUCGAGACAAUACAUGCGUAUGCGGCCGACUACUACGAAUACGCUACGACAGACAGCGGCAAAGAUGACCACCAGACCAUGGAUGAGACAGCGUUGCUUGCAAUGGGGAUCCUGAUCGAGGAGAUGGUUAAGGAGGAAUUGGGUGAAACCGGGGAUCUGGCCUUGGUUGAAGGACAAGAGCUGUCGGAGGAAGAGGACGAUAAGACAGGCCUCGAGAGUGACACCACAACUAGGUCAACAGCACGAGCAGCACGAAGGAAGCGAGCUAGCAGCAUUGCCCGGCAAAGAUCAAAACGGCGCAAAUUGUCUCGUUCUGUUUCUGUUACAACAGAUUUUGACACCGAAGUUGAUGAAAGACGAUGA